AUGCGGUCCACUCUAUGCAAUAUCUACGCAGAGUACUUCCAGCAUUUUGUCGCCCCGCGAGAUGAUGUGGUUGCAAGCACGCCCUCCAGACUCUGCCACGCGUAUCUCUUGUACCUCAACAAGCACACAGAAAAAUAUCGCGCAGAGCUGCAAGGGAAAGGCAAAAAGCGAGACUUGAUCUUCCUGCUGCACGAACAAGAAGCCCGCUUUGAACACGAACUCCGCUGGAUCAAGAAAGAGUUAAAAGAUGGCGAGCUACUUUUGUGGCUGGACUGGAAGCAAAACGUGACAUUGCCUCUGUCUCACAAAAGCACAGGUGAUGAAUACUGGGCAAGCUCGAGGAUGGAAACCAGCUUGCUAGGUGGCAUUGCCUACGUUGGCCGCGCCGCAGGGCCACCCCGAAAGGUUGGGCUAUUGUGGGUUUCGGAUAUUUUGGACCAUACGGCAGUAGCAGCAGGAUUGCAGAUGCAAGAGAUGAUGACACGUUGCUUGGGCCCUCUGUCAAAGUUUACCCGUGUGUCUUUGUGGUUCGACACGGGACCGCACUACCGCACAGUGGACCUUUGGUCCUUCCUGGCCCAAGAGUGGCUGCUGAAGGAGAACAGGUUGGAUUUGCUGUUGACAAUAUCUUAUUUCACCGAGAAGCAUGGGAAGGGCGAGGUCGACUCGCUUUUUUCUUGUUGCAACCAGUGGCUAUGCAACGCAACCAGGAAGCCUGGCACAAGGCUCGAGAACGUGGACCAGCUCAUUGAUGCUUUGCGAGCGGGGGCAGAGCAGGACAUGAGACAGGACCCACCGCCAAAUGGCAUGAAGUAUGUCAUCACGAAAUGGGACACAGUCAAGAAGCCCCCCAACCUUUGGAAGGCCGACGCCGAGAUCCAAGUGCGGAAAACAUACUGCAUCAAGCUCCAUCUUGCCGGAGAGCGCAGACGAGUGGUAUUUUGGAACAACCAUCGUUUUUCAGACUGCUCGGACGGCGAGCGGUUCAGUGUUGCGCUGUCCAAGCCCCGAGUUCCUGCAGCGGACCGCUCUUGGCGUCGAGGGUAUUAUGGCACUGACAAAUGGCGCAAGGCUUUCCCGGAGACGAACACCCGGAACACCAUGGUCACCCGCUUGGAA